UUGUGUUGAAAGAUUUAUAGAAAAUCACUGCUAAAUAGAGUUAUUUAAUUUUUCUAGAUGAAGUCCCUUAUACCAGUGCUUGCAUGUGAGGACCGAUUACUUCGAGUAAUGAGAGACUCUGAGGUGCUUUAUUCAGUUGAAUUACCGUCACCUCCAUCCAGCCUGCAACUCUUCUACAAUGAUGGAGGAGAAAAUGGAGAUCAGUUGCUUUACGGAACCACAGAUGGAAAGAUUGGACUGGUUCAGCUUGGCAGGGGUUCUGCAGCACAUCGAUGGGUCCUCGAAAAUAGCAGUGGGAGUGUCGGAACAAGACAGGGAGGGAUCACUUGUAUGGAUCACCAUGAUAUAACUGGAGAUGGUGUGAGGGAUUUACUGGUGGGAAGAGAUGAUGGAACUAUAGAAGUGUUUGCCUAUGAAGAUGGUGAUGAGUCAGAACCUACUCUUAGGUUUUCUACUGUGAGUGGUGUAGUUAUUUUUGUUUUAAUUUUAUCUUUUCAUUGUUUUUUUUUUUUUUUUUUUGUGAGUGUGAAUUUAGCUGGCAAAAUUUUUCAAUAUAAAAUAUUGUGCACUAUUAAUUGUGCUGUUGAUCCAUGGAUAUAUGAAGAAUUUUUAAGUAGCCUUAAUGAAUGCAUUUAAUUGUUUCCUGAUUAAGCACUGAUUGAAUUUGAAUAUCUAAAUAUUUUUUCAUUGUCUUUUACACAAAAAAUUUCCUAAACAUAUUUU